AUGCGCCGGUUCACUCACAGCAACCAGCCAGCAUCUACCCAAACCCAGAACUCUAUAGCCCGGCGUGUGGGCGGAGGUGGGGGGAGCAGCCGCCCUCGCCUGACCCGGAAUCCCUCCUCAGGUGUGAUGGUCGGCUCCCACGCGGACAUGGCGCCGGCCUCGACCGCGGAGGGGGCCGGGGAAAAGCCGGGCCCCGCGGCCCCUGCCCCCACGGCCCAGUACGAGUGUGGGGAGUGCGGCAAGUCCUUCCGCUGGUCGUCCCGGCUGCUGCACCACCAGCGCACGCACACGGGCGAGCGGCCCUACAAGUGCCCCGACUGCCCCAAGGCCUUCAAGGGCUCCUCGGCCCUGCUUUACCACCAGCGGGGCCACACGGGCGAGCGGCCCUACCCGUGCCCCGACUGCCCCAAGGCCUUCAAGCGCUCGUCGCUGCUGCAGAUCCACCGCAGCGUGCACACCGGCCUGCGCGCCUUCACCUGCGGCCAGUGCGGCCUGGCCUUCAAGUGGUCGUCGCACUACCAGUACCACCUGCGCCAGCACACGGGCGAGCGGCCCUACCCCUGCCCGGACUGCCCCAAGGCCUUCAAGAACUCGUCCAGCCUGCGGCGCCACCGGCACGUGCACACCGGCGAGCGGCCCUACACCUGCGGCGUGUGCGGCAAGAGCUUCACGCAGAGCACCAACCUGCGGCAGCACCAGCGCGUGCACACGGGCGAGCGGCCCUUCCGCUGCCCGCUCUGCCCCAAGACCUUCACGCACUCGUCCAACCUGCUGCUGCACCAGCGCACCCACGGCAGCGCCGCCGCCCCCGCCCCCGCCGCGGGCGCCGCCCCCGCCCCCGCCCCUCUGCCGCGGGAGCCCGGCGGCAAGGUCUUGGUUUCAGAGGCGUACCUACGGCGGCCCCUCCAACCCCCCAGCCCGCCGGCGCCCCCUCCGCCCGCGCCCCCGCCCGUGGUGCCCGAGCUCUUUCUGGCCGCGGCCGAGACCACGGUGGAGCUGGUGUACCGCUGCGACGGCUGCGAGCUAGGCUUCGGCAGCGAGGAGCUGCUCUUGGAGCACCAGCCCUGCCCCGGGCCGGAGGCGCCGCCCCCGCCCGCGGACGCGCCCUCGGAGCCGAGGAAGGCCGACCCUCCCCCGCCGCCCUCACUGUCCCCGCCGUCCCCCCUGCCGCAGCCCCCUCCCGCCGCCGCCGCCGCCGCCGCCCCUGGCCUCGCCUGCCUCCCCUGCGGGAAGUCCUUCCGGACGGCGGCCGGCCUCUCCCGCCACCAGCACAGCCACGGGGCGGCCGGCGGGCAGGCGUUCCGCUGCGGCAGCUGUGACGGCGCCUUCCCGCAGCUGGCCAGCCUCCUGGCGCACCAGCAGUGCCACGUGGAGGAGGCAGCGGCCGGGCGCCCGCCCCCCCAGGCCGAGGCUGCCGAGGUCACCUGUCCCCAGGAGCCGCUCGCCCCCGCCCCGCCCGCUCCCGCGCCCGCCCCGGCUUCCGCGGAGCGACCCUACAAAUGCGGCGAGUGCGGCAAGGCCUUCAAGGGCUCAUCGGGACUGCGCUACCACCUGCGGGACCACACGGGCGAGCGGCCCUACCAGUGCGGCGAGUGUGGCAAGGCCUUCAAGCGCUCGUCGCUGCUGGCCAUCCACCAGCGCGUGCACACCGGCCUGCGGGCCUUCACCUGCGGCCAGUGCGGCCUCACCUUCAAGUGGUCGUCGCACUACCAGUACCACCUGCGGCUGCACUCGGGCGAGCGGCCCUAUGCCUGCGGGGAGUGCGGCAAAGCCUUCCGCAACACGUCGUGCCUGCGGCGCCACCGGCACGUGCACACGGGCGAGCGGCCCCACUCCUGCGGCGUGUGCGGCAAGAGCUUCGCCCAGACCUCUAACCUGCGGCAGCACCAGCGCGUGCACACGGGCGAGCGGCCCUUCCGCUGCCCGCUCUGCCCCAAGACCUUCACGCACUCGUCCAACCUGCUGCUGCACCAGCGCACCCACUCGGCCGAGCGCCCCUUCGCCUGCCCCAUCUGCGGCCGCAGCUUUGUCAUGGCCGCCUACCUGCAGCGGCACCUGAGGACGCAUGCCCCGGCCAACGCCGCUUCUGGCUCCGCAGCCCCCGGCGCCGGCCCCCAGCCCCCUGCCCCGCUGGCCGCCGCCCCAGCCCCGUCCGCCACCCAGGAUGUCCACGUCCUACCCCACCUCCAGGCCACGCUCUCCCUAGAGGUAGCAGGAGUCUCGGCCCAGGCUGGCGUGAAGGACACGGAGAACCGCGUGGCCCUCCACGCCCUGACGCGGCCACCGGCCCUGCUCCUCCUGGCGGCAGCCAGCAGCGGCCUGCGCUUCGUCCUGGCCUCUUUCGCCCUGGCCCUCCUCCUGCCCGUGUUCCUGGCCGUGGCGGCCAUGAAGCUGGGCCUGCGGGCCCGGUGGGGCUCGCUGCCCCCGCCGGGCGGGCUGGGGGGGCCCUGGGUGGCGGUGCGGGGCUCAGGGGACGUGUGCGGGGUCCUCGCCCUGGCCCCGGGCUCCAGCGCUGGAGACGGGGCCCGGGUCACCCGCCUCUCGGUGUCUCGCUGGCACCGCCGCCGAGGCGUGGGCAGGCGGCUGCUGGCCUUUGCCGAAUCCCGGGCUCGAGCCUGGGCGGGCGGCAUGGGGGAGCCCCGGGCCCGGCUCGUGGUCCCGGUGGCCGUGGCAGCGUGGGGAGUGGCCGGGAUGCUGGAGGGCUGUGGCUACCAGGCCGAGGGGAGCUGGGGCUGCAUGGGCUACACGCUGGUGAGGGAGUUCAGCAAGGAACUAUGACGCCAGACCUCGAGGGAGGAAAACCAGCGCUUAGUGAGCACCUACUGUGUGCAGACACUUUCACACCGCCCUUCCGUGCAUCCCCAGCCCACCCAGGGCCCAGAAACUGAGGCCUGCAGAGGGCAAGAGCCCCCACCACAGCCUGACGUCUGUCUGUAGUGUUUGAACUUCUCAGAGCGGUCGGCCCAUCUAACCCCUGCCUCAGAUUCUGUCUGCACUGAGAAGUCUCCCCAUCUGUCUGUCUGUCUGUCUGCCAAGCCUGUGCUGUUUGUGCUACGAGCCUGGGAGAGACGACGUGGGGCAGGAGGAGAGGAGGCCGAGCAAGCCUGCCCCCCACCCCGACCAGGGUUAGGACUUAGGCAGGGGCACCCCAAACCGGGACAAGGGCCCCAGGGAAUGGGGUGGGGCUUGAUGCUGUGCUUGGAGUGGGUGAGGCUACAGAGGCAGAGAGAGGGUGAGGGGCGCCUCUGCAGGGGAGGGUCGUGUGCCUCGAGAGCCCCAGGGGAGGGAGGGGGGCGGUGGGCACAGUGCUGCCCUCCCGGCCAGCCCCUCCCCGGGAAGGUGAGAGCCCAGAGGGGCAGACAGACCCAUCUGGUUUUUAACACCCGUUUGUUAAUAAAGCCUGAA